GUGCUGACUGGUGUCAAAUCAAAAUAGUUUUCGGUUACGGAUUUAUGAUGUGGGCAAACAAACUAAAAAGAUAAUAUUAAUUGACUGAAUUUCCCACUGUAUUAGACAGCUUUAUGUUAACUUGUAAUGUUUAUAGUGUAUAAGAAGCAAUGGAGAAAGUAAAUUGUGUAUUAAUAUUAGUUUCAUUAGGCGUGUUGUUGUGGGGUGUGGCCGGACAAUAUGAAUGGCAAAUACGCGAUGCUUUCGACGAGAUUCGGGGUAAAAUGGACAAAAUCUCACCCGACAACUGCUAUAUUAGCCAUCUAGACGAUCUAUUCUUACCAGAAGACUCGGUCUCCCACCAUCCUGAUGUAAAAGAGAUAAAUAUCAACCCCGUGUUCCCGAACAGGACUGCUUUGUUGCAUUUACACAACAUGGCUAUGACCAGAGCGUUUUUCUGGAGUUACAUCCUACAAUCUAGGUUCAUACGACCCGCCAUAAACGAUACCUACGAUCCAGGUAUGAUGUAUUAUUUCCUAUCGUCAGUGGCGGAUGUGUCUUCGAACCCAUACAUAAACGCUAGUUCGAUAUACUUUUCGCCGAACAUGUCGUACACGUCGUCGUACAGAGGGUUCUUCAAUAAAACUAUGCCAAGAUUCGCGCCAAGAGCUUUGCGUGCAGACGAUUUCAACGAUCCAGUACAUUUACAGAAAAUAUCAACGUUAAACACAUUCUACGUCGAAGAUCAGGGUGCCUACGAGCCGGACAGCUUAUCUAAAGAUUACACAUCAGAUUUUUACCGCAUUAAUGAGUGGUACUCACUGUGGCUGCCAGACAAAGUGGACAAGCGACAUGACACCAAAACAACUUACCAAGUUGAAAUCAGAUACGCCAAUAACACUAAUGAGACAUUCACAUUCCACGGACCACCAGGAAAUGAUGAGACUCCUGGUCCUGUCAACUGGACAAAACCUUAUUUUGACUGUGGCAGACUGAAUAAGUGGUUGGUGGCAGCAGUGUCUCCUGUAGCUGAUAUCUACCCUCGACACACACAGUUCAGACACAUUGAAUAUCCAACAUACACAGCAGCAGUUGUUAUGGAGAUGGACUAUGACAGGAUAGACAUAAAUCAGUGUCCUCCCAGCGAGGGGAAUGACAAGGCAAACAGAUUUGCCUCCACUGCACGAUGUAAAGAAGAAACUACUGAGUGUGAACCAAUACACGGCUGGGGUUUCCGUCGAGGAGGCUACCAGUGUCGCUGCAGGCCAGGCUUUCGGUUGCCUAGCAUCGUGCGCCGCCCGUACUUGGGGGAAAUUAUAGAACGGGCCACCUCUGACCAGUACUACAAUAACUUUGACUGCUCUAAGAUUGGAUGGAUCCAGCGUCUACCGGUGCAAUGGGAGAAGGCUCAUCCUUUCGUACGCGCGUUGUACGCCGACCGCUACUACGAGUACGUGAACGCGACCAGCGGGCCCGCCGCGCUGCACGCCGAGCGCGUCAACGUGUACGAGGUGCUCAACUUCAUCAGGGGUGUGCAACCCGCCAACUGUUCCGACUACAACCCAACAGAUUUGUUCUUGAACGGUGACAUAGCUUAUGGUGCAGAAGAGCAGUUUGAGAAUCAAGCAAAAAUGGCCGUGCGACUCGCUAACUUCAUCAGUGCAUUCUUGCAAGUAUCGGACCCCAAAGAGGUGUUCAGUGGCACGCGAGUGGCGGACAAGCCCCUCACUGAGGACCAGAUGCUCGGAGAGACGCUUGCUCUAGUUCUUGGUGACUCGAAGAUUUGGUCGGCUGGCACAUACUGGGACAGGAACAAGUUCACGAACCGCACAUUCUUCGCGCCCUUCGCCUACAAGACUGAGUUAAACACGCGGAAGUUCAAACUGGAGGACAUGGCUCGGCUUAAUAAAACUGAUGAAGCAUACACCAACAAGCCGUGGUUCCAGUUCCUGAAACAGCGAUGGUCGACUAACUUUGACAGUCUAGAGAAGUUUUUCCUCAAAAUGAAGAUCCGAGACAGUGAAAUAGGGAAGUACCUGAAACACUACGAGAGAUACCCCACGUUCUACAGAGCAGCGAACAUCAAACACGGUCACUGGACCCCUCCAUACUACGACUGUAAGGGUCACUUGAAGCAGUGGGUCAUAACGUAUGCUGCACCGUUCUUUGGGUGGGAUAAUGUUAAAGUGAAGUUGGAAUUCAAGGGAGUGGUGGCGGUGACGAUGUCGCUGCAGUCGCUGGACAUCAACCAGUGCCCGGACAAGUACUACGUGCCCAACGCCUUCAAGAGCACUGACAAAUGCGACAAGAGCUCUUCUUAUUGUGUACCAAUCCAAGGUCGCGGGUUCGAUUCCGGCGGCUACAAGUGCGAGUGCCUCCAGGGCUACGAGUAUCCGUUCGAGGAUCUCAUCACGUACUACGACGGGCAGAUCGUGGAGGCGGAGUUCCAGAACAUCAUAGAGGACAAACAGACACGCAUCGACAUGUUCAAGUGUCGGCUGGCGGGCGCCGCCGGGGUGCGCGGUAGUGUUGUUGGGUUACUAGUGCUACUGAUGUUUGUAUGGAGGAUGAGGUAAAACAUUUAAUAUGAAACAUACUGUUAUGUAAACCUAUAAAUCGCGUCGAAUGAAGCUGCUCACAUAAUUAUCAUCGAACUUCACUUUGGUAAGUUUGUAUGAUUUUUAAGUAUUCCGUACAAAUAAACGGCCGCGUGGCGCAGUGGGUAGUGACCCUGCUUUCUGCAUCCACCGCCCGUGUGUUCGAUUCCCACAACUGGAAAAUAUUUUUGUGAUGAGCAUGGGUGUUUUCCAGUGUCUGUGUGUAUUUAUACAUUAUAUAAGUAUUUAUAUGUAGUAUAUAAAUUUAUAUUAAUAUUAUAAUAUCAACUAUCUUAGUACCCAUAUCACAAGCUACGCUGUAUGCUUACUUUGGGGCUAGAUAGUGAUGUGUAUUGUUUAGGUAUAUUUAUAUUUAUAAAAAAAAAAAAUUGAAAAUUAAUUCUUAAUGCUUGAUUUCGAUUUGGAAUUCCGCGAGACUACUGCAGACUUAACGUUUUUCUUCAUUCGGAAUGUAUAUUGUUGCAAGGGCUCGCAUUGGUUAUUUACGCGCGCAAUUAGUUCCAUUUAGAAAAAAAAACGUAUUUUCUAAUCAUUUCAUGCAUUCGGUUUUCCGAACACGGAAAACGGAAUCUGAAAACGAGUGUAUGCAGCCUAAGGGUCACACAUAUCUCGGAAAGGGAUCGUAACCGAAUCGCCUCGCCGUUAACCAGUAGCCCUAACAUGCGACCAGCGACAUAUCUCGUGACGAGAAAUAAACAAAUAUCGAUCUAUUGCUGCUAAACCGGAAAUCCUUUUAUUCAUUUAUUGUGUUGGGAAGAAAGAGAUGUGACUACUCUGCCACCAUUGGUUGAUAUUAUCGUCACGAGAUGUGUCGUUGGUGGCAUGCAAGUUAAAAUUGAUAUUAUGUUAUGCAUGACAAUAUAUAUACAUAUUGUUUGCGAAAUUUAAUUAAUAUUUAUCAAUAAUAGAUUUAUUGUCAUCUAAAAUAUAUAAUUACUAGUGUUAGAUACCCGUUCUUUAGUAUUUUAAAUGUGAAAGUAAAAGUCGUAGCUCAUUAGAGCUACCCGGGAUUUGACCCGCACCACAAGCAUGUAGAGGUGAGACAUACCUGCAAAAUACAAUACCAGGGCUUUCAAGUACGAGUGUCUAAAAAUACUAGGGCUAAAUACCAGGUUAAGUAAUAGUUUGAAGUAUUUUAUUUUGCCAAUACGAUUGUGUUUCUUUUGUCAUUAGAAUUUGGAUUAGUUUCCUUUGCCAAACCGGCGUCUGCUUAUCAAAUACUUGGAAGUAUUUCGAGUCCGUACCAGGGCGUCCUAGUACGAAGUAAAACCCUGGUAUAAAAAACGGUUUGCGUAAAUAUGUGAGAGUUGUCCACUCGAAGUCUGCGCGUGGACACCUCGCGAGCGAGGCGAUCCGGUUUUAGUACGGAGUUGAUGUAGUGAGCGCGUGCCCAUACGAAUAUUUAACCACUCGAGGCGAGGCGGUGCGGGUCGGGUCUCGGACUAAUGAGCUUCGACCUUAAGACUGUUGGUCUGUUCAUCUGUUCCUGGCUAAACCACUACCGAUUAGGAUGAAAUUUAGUAUAAAGAUAAAGUGGUCCAUGGAGCAGAAUAACUUCUUUUAUUACGGAAAAUACAUGAUUCCAGCGGGAUUUAAAAAAAAAAUCUGAAUUCCAAUAUCAGAGGAGACUAGAAGCUUGGCAGAUAUUGUAACUUAUAGUAUUCUAUAUAUUUGUAUCAAAACAAUCUAUUUUGUAUUAUAACAUGUAUUAUUACAAGUUUAAUUCUUAUUAAUAGAUUUAGUAUGUAGGUGAAAGUUAAUGUCAAUUGCAAUAAGUUUAAUAUCUGUGACCGUUUUUUCACGGAGUAAGAUUUAGUUAAAUACCGCAAGCCGUCCAAAAACGUGCUCAAUAGAAUUAUUAUCAAGCGCCUAUUUAUAAUUUUGUUAGGUUUCGUCUUAUUUUAGUUUGUAAAUCGAAGUUUAAAUUGAUUUAUUAAUUAUUACUUUCUAUUAUAUAUACAUACUGACUUGUAGAGAUUGACAAUGAUUUUUUUUUAAUAUUUUGUAUAUCAUGUUAAAUAAUUUUCGUGACAUCAUCUUAGUACGAAUAGUUAGAAGAAUUAUCGUCAAAAUGGUUUACACCAUUGGAUAUAAUUCUAUUGAUUGAUAGUGUUUGCAGCAAUGCUCAAUAUCAUUGUUAUUAGGUGUACCUAAUAUAGGUGGUGGAGGUCUUGACACUUGCUAUUUUGAUUGCAAAUUCGGUACAGUUUUGAACUCACCACCAUUUUCACCCAUCUUAGGAGCUGAAAACUUUUAGCUCUUAUAAAAAUACGAAGAUCUGGAUUUUCAUGAUUUCUAUCAUGUAUAAAUACAAACCUAUAUUUAUUAUAGCUUUAAAAAAUGGUAAAAUUAAAUCUCAAGUACAUAUUUUAAAACUUUUUUUUUUAUUCAUUAUGAGUUAUUACAACUGAAACAAAAUUAUACUUUCCUUUAUUUUAUUUCUCAAGUUUCUUCUUUUGAAGCUGUCUUUCUUCAGUUGCCUAAAAAUAAACUAUUGCUCGAAUUAAAAAAAAUCAGUCAUAACUAUCAGUCUUUAUUUUUUUAUUUUCUGCUAUUAAUCUCCAUUAUAAACAGUGUUUUAAACUAAUCUUAAUUUUUUUAAUAGCUUUACGAUGGUUUCUAUUUACACUUGUAUUUGUUUCUCGUUUUUCUUUUAUAUGUUUAAAAUAUUUUUGAAGUAUUUUCAUCAUUUAGAAUAAGACGACUGUAUAUAAUUAUUAUCUCCCUACUUAAUAUUUUAGUAAUUAUUUUUUUUACUUAAGUAUUGAUAUUAUAUGAAUCUCAUUUUUUUUUUCAAUUUCAUGAAUUUAGUAUUAUAAUUGUGUGUAUUUUUUAAACAUAACUAAAAGUAUGUAGUGAAUUAUAUUAUUUGUCAGAACAGGUACAAAUAGCUUUCUAAAUACUUUAUUGUAAAAAAGUAUUAAUUAAUUUUUAGGUAAUUAAUAUUCUUUACAAGAAUUUCAUUCUAACUAUAAAUAUAUUCAACUAUAAUUAAAUUCAAUUGUCUUCAUUUAAAGAUAUUUCCAUUUAUUAUAAUUUUUACAUGCUUUGGUAACAAUAACAAUUCAGAUAUUGUUAGAUACCACAGAAUAAAUAAUGAUACAGAAUGAGUCUUUAUUCUAAUAUUCUUUAAUCUGUGGAUAAUUCUAUUUUAAUUAUAUUACUUUAAAUAAUAAAAAUUACAGUGUAUUUUCUUGUAUGGUUUUUAAUCUAUUUGAUUUGCCUACUAUUUUCUAUAACAUUAAAAUAGUACCAUAUUAUAUUAAAAUUAAUUUACCUAUUAAUUAUUAAGUAAUUCUAUAUUUUUGACCAAAAUAUACCUUAUUUUAUAAUGCCUGUAGGAUUUAACUGUAUUUAUAAGAAAUAUAGUAGCAAUCUAUUAAACUGAACAUUUGAAUUUUCAACUUAUUUUAGACAUCUUGACAUUUCUCUGAUAGCCCAGUCAAAUAAGGAUUUCAAGUCGGCAUGAGAGAUAAUUAACUGUUUGUCACUUUGAACAGCAAAAUUAAUGUGUAUACUAGUUUAUAAAGCAAAUAUUUCGUAGCACCACAAUAAACUACUACUUAAACUAGAAAAAACCAAUAAUAGGGUAGUUGACCCAUAUCAAAUUUAAUAUAAACAUCAAUUUCGUUUAGUACAUGGAAUAAGGGUCCGAAAUAUAUUGAUAUCAAUUAAUAAAAGUUAAGGAUUUCCUAUAAAACUUAAUUGAAAUAUCACAUAUUUUUUCAAAUUUUCCAAACGCCAAAAACCCUGUCAUCAAUUUUGUGACGUAGUGACGUCACACUUGAUGUACUAAACGUCAAACUAAUUAUUACUAAUAUUUUUGUUUUAUUUACUAAUGCUCCGUUUGUAAGGAUUUGUUAUAGUGACGUCAUGAAACAGUUUAAAUAUAGACUGUCAAGGGCGACAGGCGUUUUGGCUCGUAUUUUCAAAAACAUAUUUAAAAACUAAAAUUUUCAUGUAAUCAUGUCUCAAAAAAAUAUGAAAUUUUUUUUCAAUCAAGUAGAACGAUAAGGAACAAUUUAAGACAAUUAAAAAAAAAGAGUCAACUAGCCUAUUGUAUUGUGUAGUUGAAAGUAUGGUGUUUAGUAUUUUAACAUUACAAUCUAUGCUCUACUGAUUCUGUAAUAUAAUAUUUUAUAUUUUAUUGUCUAUUACUGUAUUGUUUGAAAUUGUUUUACUAACAUUAAGUAGGUAGUAGUUAUGGUAACAUUCCAAAGUACUGUAAUAUUUCAGAAUGUGCUGCCGUCCAUUUUGUGCCUUUUAUAGUUUUAUAAUUAAAUCCCACGUGAAUUUUG